AUGAAGUUCACACUCCCGGAGAACGCGUUCCCGCAGCUCGGUUUGUCCAAAGAUCAACAAAAAGCUUUGAUCCGAGAGGCAGAGACUGUCGUGCGCGAGACUCUGGCGGCGAAUGAAGCUUUCCUCGCUGAAGGAUCCAAGUUCUCCAACUCAAAGUGGAGACUGGUACGCGCGCGAGAUGGCCUCAACGUGUACCGCGAACGACAGGCAGCUGAUGCCUGGAGUGAGCAACAUGGGGCAUCGGAGGCGUCUACCACUUCAGCGUUCGCGCACAAUCCUUUGUUCCAGCGUCCAGUCAUGGUGCUGCAUGGUACAGUGGAUGGCUCUCUGGACGACUGUAUGUUUGGGACAUUCGCGUCCACGGAUGAAGCGUGGAAGUGGCGCAGCUCCCACAUCAACGACCGUCUCGACGAUGCCAGAAUUCUGGCCACUAUCCGCAAGCCAACUCAUGAUGACCCUUUCCAGUUCCUGGGCAUCAAAUGGUUCGCGAAAGAACGACCUGCAGUGCUGUCGAGUAUUAUGCAGCAACGCGACUACCUCAUCAUGGAGGCGACGGGGUUAACUCGUGAUUCCAAGGGCCAAAAGAUCGGCUACUACCUCAUGCACUCCAUCUCGCUGCCUGGCGUCCCAGAGCUCACGGAUCUCGGUAUCAUCCGUGCAAAGUUGAGCUUGUGCUUCAUCGAUCGCCAGAAAGGACCUGGUAAGGUCGAGAAAUACGCUCGAAACUACAGUAAUCCGGGAGGGAAGAUCCCGGACCGCGUAGCUGCAGCAGUCGGAGCUGACGCCAUCAUCAGCGCGUCUCGUGUUGUCGACUACGCGUACGUCAAGAAACUCACGUGGUUCAUGAAGGAGAAGGGUAAAGAGCAACGUGAAUCUCGUCGCGAGUCAGGACAGACGAAGCCCAAGCGCUGCGAGACGUGCUACAAGAGUUUCAGUAUGUUUGCACUCACGUCCACCAGUGCCUCGUGCCAAAUCUGCCGUCGUGCGAUGUGUGCCAAGUGCAGCGUUGUCAAGAAGAUGACCGUCGACGUGUCGAACACGGGGGCAGUCAAGCAAUGCACGCUGCGGUUCUGCUUGAAUUGCCUCAUGGAGGCAAAGGAGAAAUCCGUGUGGGAGAUGGCUCUCAGUGGCGUGGACACGGCGUCGGAGACCUCCUCUGCGUCUGGCUCAGGUUAUCGGUAUAUAUCAAAUAUCUCGUAG